AUGGACUCUUCUCUGUAUUACAUGGCUCUCAAAAAAAAAAACGUACUGACUCAUCUAUUCAAGACUGUGAAAAAUAAUAAGAUGGCAGAAUUCUUCGCCCAGGAUUUCAGCAAGGAACAUUGGCAAAGAAUUGCUGCAAAAAAUGCGUUUGUGCUGAUGGGUAAACAAAGAUUUCAUCACGCUGCAGCAUUUUUUCUGCUGAGCGGAAGUAUCAAAGAUGCCAUACAGACUAUUCUACGCAAAUGCCGAGAUUUACAAUUGGCCAUGGUAGUCUUACGUAUUUACGAAACUGAUAUCGAGGUGCAGCAAGCAAUGCUCAAAGAAAUUUUGUGCCGUGAAGUGCUUGGAGGUUCACUGGAAAGUGUUGAAAGUCCAGGAGGAAUAGCAGAACGCAUUGGCAACACUUGCGAACAUGAAAGAAGCGGAGAUCCUUUUCUGCGAUCGAUGGCAUACUGGUUACUUAAGGACUUCUCACAGUCGGUCUACACACUCGUUCAGGAAGCAUUUUGUGAUGCAGCUGGCUUACGAGCACCCCUUUCUGAUAUUUUCAAUUUCUAUUGUUUCCUUCGAAAACAUCCACUCGUUGUAAGACAGCGUGUUGCUGAUGCUGGUGUAACGAUAUAUUCAACAGAGCAGUUCCUUGCCAUUUCGAAAGGUCUUGAGCGCCAUGUGACUCCAUCUGAACGCAGGUAG